AUGUCUUCGAGCUCAUCGACCUCAAGGAAUCAGCUACAAGUCACUCAUAUUCAGUCGCGAGAAGGGACUAGGUUGAAGAAAUGUAGCUUCUUUGAAUGGAAAGAUGAAGAACAGGCAGAAGGGUACUACAAAAACCUGCUAUAUUUUCUGAAGCAGAAACUGGAUGCUAAAGAGGAUCUGUCUGAGAUGAACAAUUUGAGGAGAAGGAUUGCUGAAGUGGAGUUUUUGCUGUCACAGGAGCAAUAUACGGUGGCAAAGAGUGAGAAAGAAGUUUAUGAUGCAAGGAAGGCAAUAGGCAGGUACAUGAUGAUAGUUGCCUUGUUGUUUGCUUGCUUGGUCAUUUGUGUUUUGAAGUUAGAGGGUGAUUGUACUUAG